GAAAAGUAAGGUGGGAGUUGGUAUUUGGUAAUCGAAUCGGCGGAGGCAAAAAUUUGACUUCCAAGGCACCUUCCGCCGCCGUUUCCGCCGCCGAGUCAAACCACGUGGGGCCGCCGUCGCUCCGCCGUAUCCAUUUUUUUCACCACAAAAAUUUUCCAUUUUUUCUCCCCAAAAGUCGCAAUCAAUUUUCCCCCCCUCUCACUUCAGCAACGAAAACCAGACCAAAUGUUUUUCAGUAUUUUUCAAUUCGUAUUUGGUCUGCUGUCAGUCUACGAUGAAUCGUAUUUUGUCUGGUCAAAUUUGGGGGCAGGUCAAAUUUUCAGAUCUGUACCUACUUCUUCUUCUUCAUCUUCUUCUGACCCAUUUGAAUCUUAUCGUGUUGUUCGUGUGGUUGCUCCGAUUCUUGGUUGAUUUGAUUUCAUCGUUCCGCUAUGCCGGCGUCGGAGAAGCCCGUUGAGAUUAGGGCUUUGGAGUGUUUGGGGCGUGGGUUUGAUCUGACGAACGAUUUCCGGCUGAAAUUUGUGAAGGGGUAUGGCGGCGGAGGGCGGAGGUUGGUGGUGGUCGACGACUCAAACAGAAGAGAUAUGGUGUUUCCCGACGGAGCUGUUGUUCGGGGAGUUUCUCAGGACAUUCGCUGUGAUAAAGGAGAUCGAAUCCGCUUCAAAUCCGACGUUCUUCAGUUCAAUCAGAUGUCUGAGUUACUGAAUCAGAAAUCUUCCAUACAAGGAAAAGUUCCUUCCGGCUAUUUUAAUUCUAUGUUUGGUUUGAGUGGAGACUGGUUUCAUGAUGCUGCUGAUGCAAAUCAUCUUGCUUUUGAUGGUUAUUUUAUUGCUCUAUACUAUUUGCAUUUAACGGCGUCUCCACUCGUAUUACAAGAUGAAGUGAAGAAAGCUGUUCCAUCUAGUUGGGAUCCAGCAUCAUUGUCCAGGUUCAUACAGACAUAUGGGACGCAUAUAAUAGUAGGAAUGGCUAUUGGAGGUCAAGAUUUAAUUUCAGUACGGCAGAGACCUUCCUCACCAAUACCUCCUGCUGAGCUUCGGAGAAAUUUGGAGGAUCUUGGAGAUGUUCUGUUCUCUGAUAGAAGAAGUCCCUCUGCUCUGUUAAAAAGAGAUGUUAAGGUUCCAGAAAUAUUUACGCGAAUUUUACAGUCAAGUUCCAUACAGUUGGCUAGUAUUUCGGAAACAUCAAGCAAGGAUGGAAUCACCUUAAUUUGUUCUAAAAGAGGAGGAGAUCCUUUCCUGCACAGUCAUACCAGCUGGCUUCAGACUGUUAGCUCAAAACCAGAAGUUAUUUUAUUCAAAUUUGUACCUAUUACUUCUCUUCUGACUGGGGUUGCAGGCAGCGGCUAUCUCAGCCAUGCGAUAAACUUGUACUUACGAUAUAAACCUUCUUUGGGAGACUUACAAUACUUCUUGGAGUUCCAAAUUCCGACACAGUGGGCACCGAACUUUUGUGAGUUGCCUCUUGGGCAUCAGAGGAAGAAGGCCACUUGCCCUACCCUGCAGUUCGCUUUUAUGAGUCCCAGGAUGUAUAUAGCCUCCACCCAGGUCACGAGUAGUAGAAAACCAUUAGUUGGCCUUCGCCUGUAUUUAGAAGGGAAGAAAUCCAACUGGUUGGCUCUACACGUACAACAUCUAACCAGCCUUCCAACAGUCAUGGCUAGUUUGAUGAGCUCCUCCGACGUAGCAAGCCGGUGCCAAUGGAGAGGCUCCGAUGAUGGGGACUGCAACGGCCAAUUCCUCGAACCUGUCAAAUGGAAAAGAUACUCAAAUGUGUGCACCUCAGCCGUCAGGCACGAUCCCAACUGGUUGCAGCAAGAUGGAAAUGGUGUUUACAUUGUAACAGGAGCUCAGAUUAUCAGCAAGGGGAAGUGGCCGAAGACAAUACUUCACCUCCGCCUGCAGUACACCCACAUGCCCAACUGCACCAUUCGAAGAACGGAAUGGGCUGCCGCCCCCGGAGCGUCUCGCAAGUCGACUUUCCUCACGAAUUUAAGCACGACAUUUUCGUUCACACAGCGACCUGCUGCUGACAAAAACAAGCAGGUCCCCGGUGCUCUGAACUCCGGUGUCUAUGGAGAGGCUCCGCCAGUCCCAGUUCGAUCUAAAAAGCUUCUUAAAUAUGUCGAUACGACCGAGGUGGUAAGGGGGCCGCAUGACUCUCCGGGACACUGGUUGGUAACAGCUGCUAAAUUGGUGACUGAGAGUGGUAAGAUUGGUUUGAAUGUAAAGUUUGCAUUGUUAGAUUACUGUUGAUUUAUCAGUAGGCUUUGUUUGUAUAGUGGAGAUCUUCAUCAAUUUUGUUGGGUUAAUUAUUUUCACAGUUUUGUUUGGGGUGGCAUAGUUAAUAUUAUAUGAUACAAGCUUUGUUUCUUGUACAGUGGAACAGCUACAGGGCUUUUUUUCCCCCAUUAAUUUUAAAUUUGUUUAUGGAAAUGAUUUUUUUUCCA